CGGAAGCAGGAAGUUUACAGUUUUCGUUUCCACACUGCUCUCAGGGCUGGGUCCCUGACAGCUGAUGUGAUAUUCAGAAAAAAAGCUUUUAAUUUUAACAAAUACAAGUUAAAGCGUUAGAGGAGGCAUUUUCGUCGCUCAGUUGGAUAAACUUAAGGAAUAAACAUGACUGCCAUCAAGCACGCCCUUCAGAGGGAUAUUUUCACCCCCAAUGACGAGCGUCUGCUGAGCAUCGUCAAUGUCUGCAAGGCAGGGAAAAAGAAAAAGAACUGUUUCCUGUGUGCCACAGUGACUACAGAGCGCCCAGUGCAGGUGAAGGUGGUGAAAGUGAAGAAGUCAGAUAAAGGAGAUUUCUAUAAGAGACAGAUGGCAUGGGAACUACGGGACCUGACAGAGGUUGAUGCCAAAGAUGCCAAUAAGGAGAAUCCAGAGUUUGACCUUCAUUUUGAGAAGGUUUAUCGGUGGGUGGCGAGCAGCACCGCAGAGAAGAAUUCGUUCAUCUCGUGUAUCUGGAAGCUGAACCAGCGCUACCUUCGGAAGAAAGUGGAGUUUGUAAACGUCAGUCCACAGCUGCUGGAAGAGCUUCCUAAAGCUGAAGAGUCAGUCCCGAGUGGAGAGAGUCAGAGUGUUGCAGGGGGAGAUGAGGAUGCUCUGGAUGAUUACCAGGAGUUGAACACCCGUGAGGAGCAGGACAUUGAGAGCAUGAUGGAGGUCUGCGAGUACGCCAUUUCCAACGCAGAGGCCUUUGCUGAGAAACUGUCCCGUGAGCUACAUGUUCUAGAUGGGGCUAACAUCCAGUCCAUCAUGGCCUCUGAGAAGCAGGUGAACAUCCUGAUGCAGCUGCUGGAUCAGGCUCUGGCAGAGGUGGACAACAUCGAGGGGAAGUUGCUCAGUUAUGAGGAGAUGCUGCAGAGCGUAAAAGAACAGAUGGACCAGAUUUCCCAGAGCAACCGUCUCAUCCAGAUCAGCAACACCAACAAUGGCAAACUACUGGAUGAGAUCCAGUUCCUCGUGAACUACAUGGAUCUAUCAAAAGGGCACAUCAAGGCUUUGCAGGAAGGAGAUUUAUCUUCUCCUAAGGGUAUCGAGGCCUGCAUCAACGCUUCUGAGGCUCUGUCACAGUGCAUGAACGUAGCGCUCAAACCAGGCCAUGAUAAGCUGAUGGCAGUCAAGCAGCAGCAGCAUCUGUUUUCUGAGCUCAGAGACACUUUUGCCCGACGUCUCACCAACCAUCUCAACAACGUGUUUGUGCACCAGUUCAACCACUUCAGUCACUUCAAAAUGACCAUCCCUCAGUUCUAUAGGUCGUCCUGUCUGUCACUCCCUGGACACGAUCAGAGCUCCACACUGUCCCAGCACACAGCUGAGCUGACACUACCCAAACACAGCCCUCUGCACAGAGACCUGCUCAGAUACGCCAAACUCAUGGAGUGGCUGAAGAACACCCAGAGAGAGAAAUAUGAGGGUCUUUCCAGGACCUAUGUGGAUUACAUGACCCGACUGUAUGAGCGGGAAAUUAAGGACUUCUUUGAAGUGGCAAAGAUCAAAAUGGCAGGCACUAGUAAGGAUGGGAAAGGAAAAUUCGCCACGCUUCCGCGGAAAGAGAGUGCUCUCAAACAGGAGACGGAGAGCCUGCAUGGGAGCUCUGGGAAGCUUACAGGCUCCACGUCAAGUCUGAAUAAACUCGCUGUGAGCAGCUCCAACAGCAGGCGCUCUCAGUCGUCUUCUCUGCUUGAUAUGGGCAACAUGUCCGCCUCUGACCUGGAUGUAGCAGACAGGACCAGGUUUGAUAAGAUCUUUGAGCAGGUUUUGAGUGAGCUAGAGCCGCUGUGUCUGGCUGAACAGGACUUUAUCAGCAAGUUCUUCAAGCUGCAGCAAAAUCCUACACUAGCUCAGGCAGAGAAUGUGGAUGACAGCGAUGGAAUGGUUCACUCCAGACCCCCCAGUGAACACAGACAUUCAAUAUCUGAAAAGGACAUGGUUCGGAUGAUGAUGAAUAAGAUCUUUCAGAGCAUCGAGACGGAGCUGAACAGUCUGAUAGCUUUAGGUGAUAAGAUCGACAGCUUCAACUCUCUCUACAUGCUGGUAAAGAUGAGUCACCAUGUCUGGACGGCCGAAAAUGUUGAUCCCGCGUCCUAUCUCAGCACAACGCUGGGCAACGUGCUGGUCACUGUCAAGAGAAACUUUGAUAAAUGCAUUUCUGGACAGAUUCGUCAGAUGGAGGAGGUGAAGAUUUCAAAGAAGAGUAAAGUGGGCAUCCUGCCGUUUGUCACCGGCUUUGAGGAGUUUGCUAAGCUGGCUGAGGCUAUUUUCCGAAACGCAGAAAGACGGGGUGAUCUGGAUAAAGCCUACAUCAAACUCAUCAGAGCUGUCUUCAAUAACGUGGAGAAAGUGGCCAACGAGAGUCAGAAGACUCCACGUGAUGUGGUGAUGAUGGAGAACUUCCACCAUAUCUUCUCAACACUGUCCAGCCUCAAGAUCUCCUGUCUAGAGGCAGAGAGGAAGGAGGCCAAGCACAAAUACACAGAACACCUGCAGUCCUACGUCAUCAACUCACUGGGCCAACCGCUUGAGAAACUUAAUCACUUCUUUGAGGGAGUGGAGGCGCGUGUAGCUCAGGGUGUCCGUGAAGAGGAAGUGAGCUACCAACUGGCAUUCAAUAAACAGGAAUUGCGUAAGGUUAUCAAAGAAUACCCUGGGAAGGAGGUGAAAAAGGGCCUGGACAACCUCUACAAGAAGGUGGAUAAGCACCUAUGUGAAGAGGAGAAUCUGUUACAGGUCGUGUGGCACUCCAUGCAAGACGAGUUCAUUCGGCAAUACAAGCACUUUGAGGGCUUGAUAAACCGCUGCUACCCGGGGUCUGGAAUCACUAUGGAGUUCACCAUUCAAGACAUGUUGGAGUACUUCUCCAGUAUCGCUCAGUCCCACUAAAACAGGAAGCUGAAUAAUUGUGAGAUUGUGCUAGAGUGAAAAGAAAAGUGCUGUGUGUGAGAGAGAAAGAGAAUGAAUGCUUAUAUUGUGUGUAUAUAUAUAUAUAUAUAUUACAGUGCAGAUUUGCUUGUAAUGUUGUGUCAUAACUAACACUGGAACCCUGUUUGUAACAUGCAACUUGAGUUUCUGUUGUUACGGAUUUCAUUACUUUUUUUUUUAACUAAAAUUGCUUUAUAACACAUUAGUAUAGUGAAUCGCAUACGACUGAACUUUCUCAUUACUUAUACAUAACCUCAACACUAAAAAUGUGUGGCUGAUUUUUCAUGCACAUGAAUGCUGAUGAGUAUCAGCACAUUAAAAAAAAGGCCUGGAGUCAUGUAAAAAAAUAAAAUAAAAAUAAAGCAUACUUUUGAAAGUAAAUUUUCUUUUCUUCUUGUAAUUUAUUGUGAUAAAAAUUGAUUAUAAAACAGAUAAUUGUCUAUUCACACACACACACACACACACACAAAAACUAUAACAUAAGUAACAAUAAUAUAAUAUUAGCGUCCACACCAAUGGACCAUAACAUUAAGGUGUUGGAUAUUCUGAUGUUUUUAUUGUUCCUCAGUUAAAAAUAACUGCUCUGAAACUAAUUCUUUAUCUUCAUCAUUGUGGUGUGGAACGCCCCACUGAAGCCUGUUCACACAGAGGAUAAAACAUUAAAGUUAUAACAGUCAUUCUGUCUGUAAGGAUAGGUGAGUCCAAGCUAUAACAAUAACGGCACAGGGCUGCAAUCACUUUUAAUCACAAAAACAUUGUUAGCAAAUCACAACUCGACUGAAGUUCACAAAAAGCUCGAGCAUUUAAAGCGGCAGGCAAGUUUAUGUAAUGGACGAUUUGAAUGCACGACGUGGAGGCAUUCAAAUCGUUUAAUGCACAGCUAGCCGUUGAUUAUCCCAUUUAUGCCAUGGUCAUUUGCCAGCAUUCACAUAUUAAAGAUGUUAAUAAUAUUUGCACUACAAUAUUUGACCGGAACGAUAAAAAUGACGGUUAUUUUCGUCUGUAUUACCAAAGUCUUUGGUAUUACUAUUGAACUGUCACUGUAUGUUACUAUGGUUACCAAUGUUUAUAGGAAGCGCAUUCAUAUAGAACGUGAUUAAACUGACCUGACACUACCUGUGCAGUUAAACGAAUUUAAUCAACGGCCUGCCAGCCAAUCAGAAUCGAGUAUUCAGACAGACGUUCAAGUACUCCAGUGUGCAAUCUGAACGAUUGGGGCGGGGCGACACGUGUCGCUCCGCCCACCCCCAAUUCCAUUGGUUUAUAACACGGCAAAUCUUAUUGGUGUAGAUCCGAGCAUGUGCAUUCCUUUGUGUACGAUUUUGUAUUUAAUUUGGCCAUAUUACAGAAAUAAUAUGUGCAUACUCUAGAAUCAUAGGCCUAUCUUAAUUAUUAUAGUAACCAUGGUAAUUUUUUGUUGUUUAAAGAGAGUUAUAGCCAAAGUUGCUCAAUGCAUUACAAACUUGUAGGUUAUAAAGUGCUAAUAAAAUGUUUUCAUGGCAAGCUCAA